AUGACCGUCGGCAUGAACCUGUUGAUUCUGAGGGCGUUUCACAUCGACAAACGGUUGCGUACCUACUCCAACCAGUACAUCCUUAACAUCACCAUCUCUGAUCUCCUAGUAGGGUUCGUUAUGGCCAUUCGGUGUUCGAUUAUCCUGUACGGCACAUGGAUCUUUGGGGACGACCUCGGAAUUAUUUUUAUUGGUGUCCAGAAUAUAGUUCUUGGAGUAUCAGUCCUGGGAAUUAUUGCUAUUUGCUUGGACCGUUACGUCGCGACGUAUCAUCCGAUUCGCCAUUUCCAACGUAAGAAAAAGAGAGUAGCAUACAUGGUCAACGCCAUUAUCUGGAUGGUGUCCUUGGCCUUUUGGAUACCUAUUGCGGUGAUCUGGGACUUUGUCCAACCAUCUGCACCGAAGGAUGAAAAUGACCCCUUUGCUCCUAAUUACGGUAAUUACAUCUAUUCUACUGUGGCACUUGCAGUUUGUAGAUUGGCAAUUCCAUUCAUCAUCAUCGCAACCCUUUAUCUCAAGAUUUAUAUCCGAGUAAAAGGAUCGGGAAGCAAGUAUCUUUCAAACAAAUUUGAGUUAAAGACAAAAGAGGAAACAAGGGGAACGAGAGGAAAUACCGUGGCGACGAUACAAUGUCAACUAAGUGCAAAGAACUGCGUGGCACACCGUAAUGAUCACAAAAGUGCAAACGACUACGCAGUCGACAAUGCCAAAGAUAUAUACAUUCGGAAAGCUUCUUCGAUAAGACAACCUUUUGCGUUACAUGAUACCGCCGGUCUGCGACAAAACAAUGGCCACUCGAGUUCAGUUAACCAACUAGAAAAACCAGGCGACGCCGCAUCAAUGCCAUCGCGUUCAAAAGGCUUCCCCAGGAGCCGAAAAGAUCGCCUUUCCACUCGUGACAACUACAAGAUCAUGCGGACACUAACCUUCAUCACGGCUGCCUUUUUCAUUACUUGGCUACCCAACAGUAUUAAUGUUAUUUAUUUCUAUGUGGCGUCCAACAAUCCGGUCUUUGCUGAAAUUUCCCGCUGGGUGACUUACCUCAACAGCCUUAUUAACCCGAUCUCCUAUGCUUUUGCUCAGCCUAUUUUUCGUGAAAACAUUCUAAGGAUUCUGAAAUUUCGACGAUAA